AUGGCACAUCAGGACUUCCUUGCGAUUCUGCUGCAGAACCUGUCCACGCUGACUUCACACCGAUUCCACGACGGACUGUGUGAGAACUUUCUCGCCAAGGUAGAUCUGACCAGCAAGGUAUGCAGGGCUUGCCGUAGGUCCUGUCUCAGCAGGCUGGUCUAUACCUGGCGUCUGAACUUGCCCCAGGAUGAAGUUGACCAGCACUGGCCACACCGACCCAACUGUCAUUACGGCCGUAAUUGUCGAACGCAGGUCAGUAGUUUGGCGCACGCGCGACGCUACAACCACUGCUGUGAACAGACGCGCUUCACCUAG